CCCAGAAUUCUCGCGAUAGCAAGCGGCGGCUGCCCUUGGGCGCGGCGGGCCGGCGGGCUGUGCAGUGCGGGGUCCGGGGUGUUCAGCCAUGGUGCGGAAGCUUCUUAACCGGUACUGGGACAUCCCCGACGGCACCGAGUGUCACCGCAAGACCUACGCCAGCACCACUAUCAGUGGUGCCGUUGGCCUGAUCACCUCUGCCUACAGCGUCGCACUCAAUCCCCCAGACUCCUUCCUGGAGGGAGUGGCCAGGACAGGACGAUACACAUUUACCGCAGCCGCCGUCGGUGCCAUAUUCGGCAUCACCUCCUGCGUCAGUGCCCAGGUCCGAGAGAAGCCUGACGACCCCAUCAACUACUUCCUCGGAGGCUGUGCCGGAGGCCUGACCCUGGGAGCACGCACUCACAACUACGGGAUAGGAGCCGCCGCCUGCGUGUACAUGGGCAUGACGGCCGCCCUGGUCAAGAUGGGCCAGCUGGAGGGCUGGAAGUUGUUCGCGGAGCCCAAGGUGUGAGCGCCAGCGCCUCCCGCAACCUCAGGCAGGUGCAGAUGCGCCUAAAAAUAAACUCCGUCUAUAUUUGUG